GAAAAGCAACCAAUUAACAGCAGCCCAAGUAGGAGAGGGCGGGGAGGUUAUUGGUUCAGAAGAGGCGCUAACAACCGGAAAAGCUCGUGAGCGACCGCCCCUUCUUCCUCCCCUCCCUUUUAUCUUUAAGAGUUUUGUAGCAGCGAGGACUUUCCGGGGCCUAGCGUAUGGCCACGGAAUUACGGAGUUUGGAUUCCAUGCUCUGUCACAACCAGCAAGUAAACUCUGCCUCAACCCCAAGCCCGGAGUCGGUGCGACCUGGCGACCCAAUCCCAGACCAUGCCGGGGUAAACAGCGCCUCCAUGGCCAAACUGACUCUCCACACAGGGCACACCCCUUCUAGCGUGCCAGCCUCGGAGCGGGAUCCUGAGGCCUGCGGAGGCGCCAGCCUCAACUCUGAAAACAACAGUGGUAAUGGUGAUGGUAGCAAAUAUGAAGCACCAGCUGAUGACUUCCUCCUGGGAGACUGCGAACUCUCCUGGCAGAUUGGGGCGCAGCUUAAACUGCUGCCCAUGAAUGAUCAGAUCCGGGAGUUGCAGACCAUCAUCCGGGACAAGACAGCCAGUAGAGGGGACUUCAUGUUUUCUGCGGAUCGUUUGAUCAGACUUGUUGUGGAAGAGGGAUUGAAUCAGCUGCCAUAUAAGGAAUGCAUGGUGACCACUCCAACAGGGUACAAGUAUGAAGGAGUGAAAUUUGAGAAGGGAAAUUGUGGGGUCAGCAUAAUGAGAAGUGGUGAGGCAAUGGAACAAGGUUUACGAGACUGCUGUCGAUCCAUUCGAAUUGGAAAGAUCCUGAUUCAGAGUGAUGAGGAGACACAAAGAGCCAAAGUAUAUUAUGCCAAGUUCCCCCCAGACAUUUACAGAAGAAAGGUCCUUCUGAUGUAUCCAAUUCUCAGCACUGGAAAUACUGUAAUUGAAGCUGUAAAGGUUCUUAUAGAACAUGGAGUUCAACCCAGUGUUAUCAUACUACUCAGUCUGUUUUCCACUCCUCAUGGUGCCAAAUCAAUCAUUCAAGAGUUUCCGGAGAUCACAAUUUUAACUACUGAAGUUCAUCCUGUUGCACCUACACAUUUUGGACAGAAAUACUUUGGAACAGACUAAGUUAUUGAAGGAAAAUGAAUUAUCUUGUGUAAUACUAUGUAUUAUAGUCAUGUUUUGAAUUUCUAUUUGUUCUAUUAAUUUAUUUGCUUGAGAAAAGGCAAAGAAAAAUGCAUUAAGGAAGCUUUUAAUUUUUUUGAAGUGGGUACAUUUGAAGUUUAUCUUACUUAUUUCUUAGUUUUUGGCACCAAAUACAGCAAUGAAACAUAUACAACUCUUAGAAUAAAAUGAGAAUUUCAAUAAUAUCCUAAUAGAAAUUGCUGACCCCUCCUCAGUGCAUUGAAAUUGUUCCUUAAUUUAUGAGUCUCUUAGUUUGGAGAUUGCUCACAGCUACAAAUAAAAUUCGAAAGAGGGUCAGUGGUUUUUCCCAUUGUAGUAUGUAUUUUGUUUGUUUUUCGCUCUAGGGAGGAUUCCUGUAUGUGGUUGUUGUUACCUUCUUCUGCUUCUUACUUUCUGGCAUGCACAUGCUAGUAACUUGGAGAGGAUACAAAAAGAAUACUACUUGGAACUUUACAUUUCUAUUAAUAUACUCACUUAAUUGUCAGCCAAGAUGUAUGGUUAAUUCUUCAGUCAGGCUUUUCUUCAUAGCUAAUUUUCCAAACUGUGCAUUGUUGUAGAUGCCUUGCCAAGUUUAAAUGCAGUAAAGAAGAUAGCAGGGCAUUUUCAGCAACUGGAACUAAAAUACUGAUUUACAUAGUGUGAACCAAGGAUGUUUGGAUGCUGACAAGGGAGAUCCAAGUGCUGUUAAUGCCAUCAAUCCUCUAGAAAGGAAUCAGUGAUGGUUUUUCUGAGAUGUGGGGGAAAGUGAGGUUUCUCACUAGAUUUUAUGUUUAAUAAGUAAAUUAAAAUGCUUGACUUAAUUUGAAUGUUUCUACUAGAGAAUUUAGAUUUGGAAAUUAGUUAUUUUGCAUGUUAACUGUGUAUUAAAAUGGAAAAAAAAGUAUGCUUUAAAAAAAUAUACUGGAAAUUUGUUCAUCUUUAGGCUUCCAAAAGGGAGAGAAACUAUUUUAGGAGUCAAUAUUUGCAUUCUGAAAUCUGCUUGUAAAGCCCUGAUCUCACUUUACAUUGAUAUUAAAACAUUUUAACAGUAGCGGCUGGCUGAUUACUUGAAUAAUUAUACUCUCAUAGCCCCAUAGGCAGCUGUGUUGGGCCUCUGUUUAAAAGCACAAGAAAGAGCAGAAGGCAAUGAUUUAGAAAGAACUUUUAAUGCUGAUGAAAGUCAACAAAAGUUGGGGGAGAAACCUGGCAUAGAAUGGAUUAUAUUUUCCCUCUGGAGCCUAGAAUACUGGAAGAAUUUCACUAUAUUUUCCCCUUUAUUUUUAGAGACUGUCAUAUAGUAAAUGGAGAUUAAUAGAAAGAUACCCAAAUUAUAACUCUUCCAUGGCAAAUGGUUGCUUUUAAGUUCUUAUUGAAAUUCUCAUCCAUACUUGUCAGUUAACUAUUUUGAUGCAAUGAGGAUUAUGUUAUUAGCAGAAACUAUCUGAAGCCCAUUAAAACCAAAAUCAUUUAUCUCCCUAGCCCAGGAAAGAUGAAAGACAGCAAAUUUCAAUAGAGACCAGAUCUGCUUGAGAUUGAUGGGUUAAAUUAGUUGGGAAGAUGAUACCUACCAUUAUGGGAAUUAGUGCUUUUGAAUUAACUUAUGGUACGGCUUCAGUAUUUUGUACGAAGUGACUUUCCAGAACAUCAGACAAAUUUCAUAU